AUGCGUUUCAUUUCAACUUUGUCAAUUUGCCUUUUAAUAUUCACAGGAGUUGCAUCACAAAGUGAAACCGAUCCGGAUAUUUUUGAUUUUGAAUCGACUGUCACAACUCGUGCUCCCGAACCAGAGUUUUCAUUUGACUCAGAAGUUAAUGAAGGGUCAGAUGUAUUCGAAGUGAGCACCGCCGUCGUCGGAUUAUUCUCUGAACCGAUGGAAAUUGAUAGUCCUUCUAAAGCUUUGGCUGCUGCAGCUGCAGCUGCUAAUGACCAAAAAUCGACUGAAUCAAUUGUAUCAGAGAAUGAUGGAGAGAAUGAAGAAAACAUUCCGGAUCCAUUCGGAAACUAUGAUUUGACAACCGAAGAUGAUUCGAAAACGUCUUCAGCUUCAACUUCUCCCACAACAUCAAUAACCUCCGAGGCCUUCACACCUGAAGCUACGACAAUCUCUGAGGUUCAUGAUGCUACAUCUACAACUUCUUUACCAACAACGGAAGAAACUGUUGUUUCCGUUACUGAUCAAGUUUUAGAAACUCGUGUUCUUAAGGAAAAGGAAGAAGCUGUAACUUCAUCCUUCAAACCUUCCACAGAAACAACCGAGAAUGACGUCACCACUGUUCUUCCACAAACAUCUUCGGAAUCUAUAGUUGAAGUUGCUGAAGUUACAGAACCUGAAAUUUCUUCUUCUUCCACGCAGAUCUCCGAAGAACCAGUCACGAGCUCAUUGACUCCAUCAACAUCAACAGAAGAUUCUGAAUCUGAAGGAGAGCCAUUUGAUUCCGAGGGACUCAGUGGCCUUUUCGAGCCAGAUGGGUCACCAACGCAGAUUACCAGGGAAGAGACACCAGCAUUCCCCAUUGUUCAGUUACCAGAAGAAAAUGACAAGAUUCUCGAAAACAAACCAAUUUCAAUUUCUCCUUCUUCUUUCUCACCAACAGCUUCCACGGAAACUCUUGAAAUAACAACAUCUGAUUCAAGUGAAAAUGAUUUUUCGACUACUCCAAUUGUAAUUGCGGAAGAGAGAACGACAUCUGAAGAUGUUAUAUCCAGUUCGACGAUUAUGCCAAUAGAAAUGGAAACCGUUGCCACAGCAGAUGAAUCAUCUAUUGAAGAAUUAACUGAUGCUUCUACCAUCCCAACAUCUACAGAACAACCAAUCAUCAUCUCAUCUGAAUCAUCAUCCGUCGAUGUUACAACAGAAUCUACCACAGAGAGUGUUGUUUCAUCAACUACUGAGAAAACUGAAACGACAAAUGAACUUACAUCAACAACAACAACAACAACAACUUCUGAAAGCACAACUUCAACACCUCUAACUUCGGAGGCUACAAGUCAAAUUAAUACAUCAGCUGUCGCCAGUUUAGCAAACCGCCCAGCGAUUCCUGCUUCUUACAAAGCAGAUUUAGUGCUUCGCUUAACAGAUCUCGAUUAUGUCCUUGAAUUUGGUGACGAAAAGAGUGGAAAAUUCAAUAAGUUAAGAGAACAAGUAACACCUCAGGUGACAGAGAUACUCAAAGAAAUCAUUGGACAUAAUUUUGUGUCCUAUGAAAUUCAAUCCUUCAAAAAAGGCUCUGUUAUAGUUAACGGAGACAUCAUCACUCGCAAUGAAAUUGCUAACGUAGAGGAAGUCGCAUCCAAAAUUGAGUCUCAUAUUUCCCAUAACUCUCAAAAACUUGGGCAACACACAGUUGAUCCCAGAAGUAUUACCGUAAACGGAAUCGCUUCUAGAAACUUCAUUGAACACAUCCAGGCAUCAUAUGAGACAUCAGCUCCAUCAGUGUUCCUUAUUGGCUCUGUCAUAACAAUAGCUGUUAUCGUUGUUCUUGUUGUAGCUAUCCUCGUUAUUUUCCUAUACAAUAGAAGGUCGAAUGGUGGCAUGAAGUUAAAGGAAGAUGAGCUUUCUAGAACUGAGAAAGGAUCUACUGCUACCUAUGAUAAUCCAACAACACCUGUCAACUUGAAGUCAUACAACAACCCGGACCAUAAACCAACAACUCCGUCAAUGAUGACGACCCUCACCAUCAAUAGUGAUGAGAGAGAAAUCUUUUAA